GCUUGAAGCCCAAUGUCUAGCCCAUAUUCAAAUCCAUAUCCACGCAUUUUCUCCUACUUUCUCCUUCCGGCUGCUCAGUCUCACUGUUUCUCCUUCCCUUCCUCCAUCGCCGAAACCAGGUGAGUGCGCACUUGCUCUUUCCUGGUUGCCCCGUGUCUUUCUCCGCUAUUAGCUCUGCUUCUGCUUCAUUCUUUUUUCCCCCUCUAUCCUCUGCAUUACAAAUUUGGAAUUAACUUCUGUCCUUUCUCUUCAUAUGACUGUCCGUUUGCCCCUCUAUUGAUUGCUCCCAUGAGUUCGCCAUUCGAUCCAUUGCUAUGCAUAUCGUCCUGACAUGUAUCAAUCGCUGGGCGCGCACCGCCUCAUAUACCGUUCUCGCAUCGCUAGUUGUGUUAAGGCUGGUCUGAUCGACAAAGCUAUCAAAGUGUUCGAUAAAAUGAUUCAAUCAAACUGCCGUGUUUUUAGCAUCGAUUAUAACCGAUUCAUUGGAGUUUUAAUCCGCCAUUCUCUUUUCGAUUUAGCCCACCAAUACUACUCUAAAAUGGGUCCUCUUGGGUUCUCGCUAUCUCCCUUUACUUACUCUCGCUUCAUUUCGGGUUUAUGCCAAGUAAAGAACUUUACGCUUAUUGAUGAACUGCUGCGUGACAUGGAGAGACUUAAUUGUGUACCUGAUAUUUGGGCAUUUAAUAUUUAUUUGGAUCUCUUAUUUCGUGAAGGUAGGAUAGAAUUAGCAUUAGAGGUGUUUGAGAGGAUGGUCGAGAGAGGGAGGGAGCCGGAUGUUGUAACAUAUACUAUUAUUAUUGAUGGGUUGUGUAAAAUGAAGAAAUUCGAUAUUGCAGUUCAGUUUUGGCGUGAAAUGAAAAAUAAGGGAUUUAGACCCGAUAAUAAGGCCUGUGCUGCGCUUGUUGUUGGGUUGUGUGAUGGAGGGAAGGUAGAAUUGGCUUAUGAGCUUACAGUUGAUGUGAUGAAGAGUGGUCAAGUUAAGUUUAGUACGCUGAUAUACAAUGGCUUGAUUAGUGGGUUUUGUAGAGCAGGUAGGGUUGAUAAGGCUAAGGCAAUUAAAUCUUUUAUGAGACGAAAUGGUUGUGAGCCAGAUUUGGUUACAUACAAUGUGCUGUUGAAUUAUUGUUGUGAUGAGCUAAUGUUGGAGGAGGCAGAGGAGUUGAUGAAGAAGAUGGAAAGAAGUGGGAUAGAACCUGAUGUGUACAGUUAUAAUCAGCUUCUUAAAGGACUUUGUAAAGUUAAUCGCCCAGAUAAAGCUUGUAUUUUGAUGAACAAAAUGGGGCCAGAAGGGUUUUGUGAUGUUGUUUCAUACAAUACCAUUAUUAAAGCAUUUUGCAAGCGAAGUGAUCUCCAAAGAGCUUAUAAGCUGUUCGUGGAAAUGAGACAGAAGGGGAUUCCGCCAGAUGUGGUUACAUUCACUAUUCUAAUAAAAGCUUUUCUUAGAGAAGGUAGUUCUACUAUAGCUAAAAAGCUUCUUGAUCAGAUGACAGAAAUAGGCCUUUCACCUGAUCGUAUAUUUUAUACGACUAUCAUGGAUCACCUAUGCAAGAGUGGGAAAGUAGAUAUGGCUCACUCGCUUUUCUGUGAUAUGGUAGAGCAGGGAAUUUCACCUGAUGUGAUUUCAUAUAAUGCCCUUAUAAAUGGGUUUUGCAAAUCCUUUAGAGUAAGUGAAGCUAUGCAUUUAUGUGAAGAAAUGGAAAGCAGAGGAUAUUAUCCUGAUGAAGUAACAUACAAAUUGAUCGUUGGAGGCCUUAUAGCAGAAAAGAAGCUGUCAGUUGCUUGUAGGGUGUGGGGUCAGAUGAUGGAAAAGGGUUUUACCCUUGACAGAGCUGCCUCUGAGAUAUUAAUUAGUGCCAGUUCAAGAGAAGUUACAUCUACAUGAGAUAUGGUAUGGGACUUGGAUCGCGUAUCAAUGGUAUGGGAACUUUGCUGUGGGGUUUAUAUGGACUUUGGCUCUCCCACAUCAACAUCUAGCUUUUGGGUGUGGUUAUCAUAAGGUUUGUAACAGUUAGAUUGAAGUUCUUCUCUUCUACAACCUUACGGAGUCUGGAAAUGAAAGAAAAAUUUAUAGUAGCUAGAUAGUUAGUUCAAAUAUUUGUCAGAGGCAGCAUUUUUAUUGGCUACUGACACAACUGAGCCUAAAUUUUGGCAUUCAUUGGUUGGGAUACAUCUUGUCAGGUCCCUGUUGUUGGCAACUGCUGCCUUGGUGAAUUCCAAUGUUGGCACACACAGGUUGGCUAUGUAUCUUCACUAAUAAUUGCAUGGUCCUAUACUUUUUGAAGGGGGAUAGGGAAGUCAUCGGCCAUUAUUUCUCCAUGAAUUCUAUUAUUUACAAGUAGCAUGAAGUUGCAAAGCUUUGGGUAUCUCAUCUAUGGCAUUUUAAGGUUGCUAUUUUAUGUUCUAGAUCUGCUGAACAUAUUGGAAAAUGUUAUACUUAUGAUGCCUCUGUAUUUUCUCUCUUAAUAAGAUUCAGAUAUCCAGGAUACACUGCCUUUUUUAAUUUUUCUGAGAAUGAAAGUGACAGGAGAACACUACUAAUUCAAACUUUGAAAUCCAGGUGCAUGGUAUGGUUUCUCAAUCCUAUGUGCAUUGACGCCCAUGUUAUCCAUUUUUCAACUUCUGCAAAUGCUACUGUUUACUAUCAUUAUUUAUAUUAUUUUAAACAGAAAUACAAUGGAAUGGAGACUUAUCAGAUGAUUGAUGGUGAAUCAUUGCUAACAUGUUCACCUAUCUUGCCGAGGAUAAGCCAGUUAAAAGAAAUAGAGCUGAUGCAUCCUUGUGUUGACAGAAAAUCUGCAGCUAUUCCAUGUUUGGCAAUAUCAAAUAUUGAACGAAAUACUAAAAUUGACUGCAACUGAUUUCUGCAAAGGCCACCGAACCCUACAAAGGUGUCAAGAAAUUGGGAGUGCAUAACUUUGCCUGUGAAGCUAGGCUGAACUGACAGCACUAGUCAUUUUGCAACCAUGAUAUGCUUUUGAAGUACCAGGACUGAUUGUGGAUCAUGAAUAUUCCCGAGUCAUAAACUAGAGAAUUUGUAUGCUAAUAAGUUACAUUAUUGUUGGCUUGCAGGAACUGAAUGUGCUUUCGAUUUAAAAUUACACAGCAAAGUUUAUUACUAGACGGAAUAA